AUGCUUCACUUGCCUGCCCUACUACUAGUGGUGCUUCCAUUCGCUGCUGCUGACAGCUUCUCCCAGUUGGGAUGUUUCAAGCAGUCGGAUCUACUGUCUUACUUGUCCAAAGAAGACUCGUAUAUGUAUCAGUCACUGGGACAUUGCCAACAAGCUUGCUCAGGUAAAGCUGUUGCUGCCUUGAUCGAUGGUAAGAACUGCUACUGUGGCCUGGCCAUUCCGGAAGAGAGCCUCGGCGUUUCCAGCUCCAACUGUGACUCUCCUUGUCAGGGUUACGACAAGGAGAACUGCGGUGGUAGCGGCUACUUUGAUGUCUACGUCAACGCCGAUGCUGACGCCUCCACAGUAGGCGGCAAGACUUCGUCUUCUACGACUUCAUCCUCGUCAUCCACGUCAACUUCAUCUUCAUCUACAUCCACAUCGUCCUCGAGUUCAUCAACAUCUACAUCGUCCUCGACUUCGUCGACUCCCUCAUCCACUUCCACCUCGGAAGCUCCAGCGUCGACUUCUCUGCAUUCCCCAACUUCCGAAACUUCAGAGUCUCUGUCCUCCAACCAAGGCAACUCUGCAAGAACAAGCACAUUCAUAUCUACUGCUACAGCAAAUCCGAGCGGCAGUGCCAGCUCGGUGGUUGAAGUUACAACUACAGUCAGAUCGAAUGCUUCGGAUCUGUCCUCCUCGCUGUCGGGUCCCCCACUGCCCCAAAAUAGACAGGCGGAUUCCGGCUCUAACUCCUUGUCUGGAGGCAGCAUUGCCGGUAUUGUCAUUGGCUGUGUGGCUGGUGUAGCCAUAAUUGCUGGCUUGUUCUUGUUCUUCUGCUGGUGGAGACGCAGGAGGGACGACGACGAUGACGACGAUGAGCAAUUUUUCGACAUGGGCGGCGCAAACGACAAGUCCUUCAACCUGAUGGCCCCCAAUCCAUUUAUGGCAGGCGCUGCAGCACCUGCUGCUCAAGCAGGUCAUACGCAUAAUAACUCAAACACAACCCAGUCGUACUCGUCCAAUAACGAGGAUGCAUUCUACUAUGAAGCACGUCAUAACAAUGACCAUGAGGCUCAAAAUAAUGAUUUCUUGAGGCCUCCUGAAGAAUUCGGCCGCCGACGGCUCUCAAACGGGUCCUUGCCUGACAUGGUGCAACGGAACCCGGGCUCAUUGAAGGUCGUCAACACAUAA